CAUUUUGUGAUAAUCACUUUCUUUCUAAGUGGAACUUUUUCUGGCUACCCAUCUUUGUUUAAUGGCGACCAAAUUGAUUUAUGAACAAACUCUAGGUGAAGCGUAGAGUUUGGUAAUUGGUUUUCAGUUUUUCUCUACUCUGUUAUUACCCAGGAUAAUAGAAAUGAGUUACGGAGAUUUAUACAGGCUUUGAAUUGAAACAAGUUUAUAAAUUUGGGAUUAUGAUUGUUAAAGCUAAAAACUUGGACUUCAUCUGAAAGAUGUUUUAAAAUGUGUAUAUAUAUAUAUAUAUAUAUAUAGCCGUAUGGACUGUUUUAUCAGGGUAAUAGGAAGGGAGAUAUUAGAUAAGGUGGAUAUGGAUGAUACUGGAUGAGAGCUGCUACAAGGGUGGUAUCAACCUCUCAGCUGUUUAUGGGAUUAUUUAAAGAUUAAUAUCGAAUGGAAGGAGUUGGGGGUGAUGCUGCCUCUGCAGUGGCGCCUCUUGCCAAGUUGAGAAAUGAUUUCACGAGGAUGUUUCAGUACUAUUUGGAUCGGUCCACUCCUCACAUGGUCCAGCGAUGGCUGGGAACUCUUGCUGUUGCGGCGAUUUACAUGUUGCGGGUUUACUAUGUUCAGGGAUUUUACAUUGUAUCAUAUGGCCUUGGGAUUUACAUCUUGAAUCUAUUGAUUGGGUUUCUGUCACCUAAGAUUGAUCCAGAGCUUGAAGUCUUGGAUGGGGCUUCUUUGCCAACAAAAGGCUCAGAUGAGUUCAGGCCAUUUGUGCGCCGCCUUCCUGAGUUUAAGUUCUGGUAUUCCAUCACUAAAGCUUUCUGUGUGGCGUUUCUGAUGACCUUCUUUUCUGUGUUUGAUGUCCCUGUUUUCUGGCCUAUACUGCUUUGUUAUUGGGUUGUGCUGUUUGUCCUCACAAUGAAGCGCCAAAUUAUGCACAUGAUUAAGUAUAGAUAUGUCCCGUUCAGCAUUGGAAAGCAGAGGUAUACUGGGAAGAAGUCCGCUACAAGUAAAGGUCGCAUAGUGGACUGAAGCUUUGAAACAUCCACUUUUAGGAAGAGCGUGGGAGAAGUGCAGCCCUGCAAUUUUGCUGCCCUUGGAUUUUUUAGGUGGAGCACAUGUUUUAGGCUAAAGCCACCUCCAAAGUUAACACAAAUGUCGAAAAUUCCAUUUUGUUUAUGAGUAAUUGUUACUUGCAUGAUUUGGGUUUCUCACAUUUCUUGAAUUAUCUUUAUUUGUUUUGUUUUCUUGACAUGCUGUAUUUUCCAAGGAAUCAAAUCUGAAAAAUGAUGAGGCUCCAUAUCUUCAGCCUUUUUUCUAACUAGCCCUUUUGAGCCAUUAGAAUGUGUAAACUAAACACGUCCUGUUACAAUGUGUUGAUUACAUUAAACAAGAAUUAAUGCUUGGGUUGAUUUUCCCAAUUUCUAGAA